AUGGAUAUGUAAACAAUAAUCACAAAUGUUUCUUACCAGAUAAAUAUAGAAGAAUGCAUGGUAGCCAUUUAAAAUAAUGUUGAAGUAAAUAAUUAUUUGACGAUUCAAUAGUCUUCGUUCAAAAAUAUUGAGGCUUAUAUUGAUUCACUUUUUAACUAGACUUCUGAUUCUUUAAAUAUUGAUAUUUAAAAGUCUCUUAAUACAUCAUCUUGUGGAUCUUCAAUUUGUUGUACUUAAACUAAAUUUGUGAAUGUGUGUUUUGCCUAGUAACUCUAUUAAGACAUAUCACCAUAUAUCGCAACUAAAAUUAAGUCUUAAUUACUAUUCAAAGAUGAAUCCUUAAAUUAAAAAAAUUAGUAAAUAGUUAAAGACCUUCAAUAAGAUAUUAGUGAAAAAUCAUAAACAGUUAAAUCUUUUCAUCAAUAAAAUUUCAAGCCAUUCAAUUAUUAGCUAAUCUAAGAAUAUUCAAUUUCAUAAAAUGAGAGUUGUUUGGCAAUUGCUAUUAAUAAAGAUUGUUCAACAUUAGUGGCUGGAUCUGAAUCACAAAUUAAAGUCUUUGAAUUUAAAUAAGGAGUGAUGAAACUAUUUUAAUGUUUAUGUGAACAUCAGAAAAAGGUUGUUACUUUAAAUUUCAUGAAAAAAUCGAAUUAAUUCAUAUCUGGGAGUUAUGAUAAUUAAAUAAAAAUAUGGUAAAGAGAAUAAAACAACUAAUGGAAAUCCUAAUAGACAUUAAAUGGGCACAUUAAUUAUAUCUAUUGUUAACUAUUAAAUGAUAAUGAAGAUCUAAUUAUAUCAGGAAGUUAUGAUGGGAGUAUUAAAUUUUGGACGAAGAAAAAGGAAUGGCUUUGCUCUUAAACAAUUACAAAUCAUUCUGGUAGUGUAUAUGGGUUAUGUUUGAAUUAAUAAUAAAAUAAAGUAGUUUCUUGUGGCAGUGAUAAGCUGAUCUUAAUAAUUGAAUAAUCUGAGUUUAAUAAAGAAUGGAUUGUAAUUUAAAAAAUUAAAGAUGAUUAAGGGUGUCGAGUUUGCUUUUGUGAUAAUAAUAAAUUCAUCUUUUCACUAUUCAAAAAAGAAUUAAUCUCUAUUUUUGAACUGAAAAAUUAAUUUAACAAAACUAAAUAGAUAUCUGUAAAGUGUGGAUCAGAUGGUUGGUCUUUCUUUCCUUAAUAACUUAUCAAUUCAAAAUCCAUCAUUGUUAGUAAGAAUGGCGAAUAUGUCAAUUUAAUUAGGAAGAAAUAGGAUGGAGACUUAUUAACUGAAUAAUCUAUUCACUUUGGAACUAAUACUUUAUUUGGAACCAUGAGUGAUGACGGAGAGUAUUUAAUAACUUGGGAUGGCAAAUCAUAAUAAAUAUAGGUAAGAAUAUUUUAAGAAAAAUGA